GUGCAGUUCACUCCUGUCAGUCCCAGGCCACGCUCUCCAGGUUGCUUCUCUCCAGUCACCCGCUGACGGCACAUCACCUUAGUUACGGUGGAGGUUGCGGAGCUGACGAGCGUGAGUUCCAAAUCUGGCCCGAUGUCGACCGGGACGCCAAAGAUGAACAACGGCACCAACCGCUCGCUGGACGGGAGUGUUGACCAGUUGGGGAGCGCGGAGGCCCAGGAUAUCCCUCCACUGAAGAACUACCUCUGUUUCACCAUCUUGACCUGCUUCUGCCCAGCGUGGCCCAUCAACAUUGUGGCUUUGGUAUUCUCUGUUCUGUCCCAGAACAGCUAUGAUGCGGAGGACUACGAUGGCUCCCAGCGGCUGGGGCGGAAAGCCCUCCACGUGGGCAUCGCCUCCAUCAUCAUCGGCCUCCUGAUCAUCACCAUCUUCUCCUCUGUACACUUUACCACGAACACCUAAGGAUGGCAUCUGAUACCUGAUUGUGUUGUUGAUUUUAGUUUGAACACCUUGAGGCUACUUGGAUGGUCCAAGAUCCGACUUUGUUCCCGGAGCACGUGGCCCAUUUGUGAGACAAUGAAACUGGAUAACCGUGAGAAUGAGAAAUCAACGAGUUUCUGGUCCAUCAGAAGACAGCGAAAAUAAAAUGUUAUCGUGGUCUAAUGCUGAUGUUGUAGGAUAAAUUUCCAGCAAAGCUGAAAUAUUUUUCGUUUAUUUUAUAAAAUUGAUUAAACAGGUAUAUUUGC